AUGGUAACAGAAUUAAUUGUUCUUGGGCACAAAAUUUCAAAAGCAAGAAUUGAGGUGGAUAAGGCUAAAGUUUCAACAAUAGAGAAUUUUCCACCUCCAGUUUCUGUAAAAGGAGUAAGGAGUUUCUUAGGACAUGCUGGCUUCUACCGAAGAUUUAUUAAGGACUUCUCAAAGAUCUCCAAACCUUUGUCCAGUUUACUUGUCAAUGGCGUUCCAUUUGAGUUUGGAGAAGAUUGCUUAAAGGCGUUCAAAGUUCUAAAGGAAAAAUUGAUUUCAGCACCAAUAGUCACUUCACCAAAUUGGGAGUUGCCCUUCGAGUUAAUGUGCGACGCAAGUGAUUAUGCAAUUGGAGCAGUCUUGGAAAAAGAAAUGCUGGCAAUUGUGUUUGCUUGUGAUAGGUUCCGACCCUACCUGAUUGGGAAUAAGAUAAAAGAUAAGAAGGGCACUGAAAAUCUGGUAGCAGAUCACCUGUUAAGACUAGAGCUGGAAGAGAGUCAGAAUACGAAAGAGAGUGGAUUCUUUUGGCCAACGCUAUUUAAGGAUGCUACUACUUUUGUGAAGGCAUGUGAUCGUUGUCAACGGACAGCUACAGCUACACCACAGAAUGAUGGUAAGACAGUUCUCCGCUUUCUGCAAAAGAACAUCUUUACGCGGUUUGGUACUCCUCAAGCAAUCGUAAGCGAUGAAGGGAGUCACUUCUGCAAUAAACAGUUUGAAGCACUCCUUUCAAGAUAUGGUGUCCGACAUCGAACUGCUUUACCAUAUCAUCCUCAAAGUAAUGGCCAAGCUGAAAUUUCUAAUCGGGAGAUAAAGAUGAUUCUAGAGAAAACAGUGCAAAGAUCAAGGAAAGAUUGGUCAAGAAAAUUAGAUGAUGCAUUGUGGGCAUACAGAACUGCUUUCAAAACACCGAUUGGCAUGUCUCCAUAUCGGUUGGUGUUUGGAAAGGCUUGUCAUCUGCCGGUGGAGUUAGAGCAUAAAGCUUUUUGGGCCAUGAAGACUCUUAACAUGGAAUUAAAAGCGGCAGGAGAGAAAAGGCUGCUACAGUUGAAUGAACUAGAGGAGUUUUGA